AUGAUUCUGGAAGCAUAUGACGACCAGUUGGACAUAGCAGAGCCAUUGUGGCCAAUAUCAACUCCGUGUGCUCGCAAUGGGACGCAGAAAUAUUGCAUCUACUCCAACCCAGAUUUCGCUGACGGGAGGGGCAUCAUAUUCUUCACCAGUCCAGAAAGAGCCGCAGAGGUCGCGAGGUCAUCCGCAUUCACGAACCCGGCCGUCGUACGGUCCGUCCCAGAGUUGAAUGCGGCAGAGAGUCCGUAUUGGCGGGUUGAGUAUGUGGAGGGCAAAGGCAUGGGCAUGAUCGCAAAUAAGAACUUCCGUAUUGGCGACCACAUCAUGAGCUCCACGCCUUCCUUCAUGAUCGACUACAAUGUGUUUCAUUAUGUUCCGGAGAAUCAGGUCGUCCAGAUGGAAGCCGAUGCUGCCUCGACACUUCCAGCGAAUCACGGAGCCAUCUUUAUGAAUCUGUCGACCCACGACGAGGUGGAUAGUUACGAAACGAGAGUCGCAAAGAUCAUACUUACAAAUUCAUUCGAUAUUGAGGAAAAGGGAGUUGUCUCUCGGGAGGACGAAGAGGAAGAGACCUGGUACACAGUGUUUCCAGAAAUCUCGCGGCUAAACCACGACUGCCGUGCGAAUGCCGACUACCACUUUGACGUCACUACGUUGACACAGCACAUCCACGCAGUCCGGCCCAUUGCGGCUGGAGAAGAAAUUACAAUCUCCUAUGUCGACCCCAUACUGCCUCGCGAAGUCCGUCGAAAGCGUCUUGAGACCUCAUGGCACUUCCCUUGCUCCUGCAGCCUGUGCAUGCAGAAUGAGCACCAGACCAAUGCAUCUGAUGCGCGCAUCUGGCAGAUCCUCGAGCUCCGCAGGCAGCUGCGUGACUACACGCCUGGGUCGGCAGCAACACCCGCAAUGGGCGAACUCAUGGUGUCGCUCUACGAACAGGAGCGGCUGUACUCAUCCAUGUACGAGGCAUACACGUAUGCGGCUCUCGAGUAUAAUGGCGUCGGAGAACCUUGGCUCGCGACCAAAUAUGCAAGAUUGGCCGUCCAGCAUGGGUUGGCGGCCGGUGGUCCGGAAGACCAGGAUGUGCUAGUAAUGAAGGAGUUGGCUAAGGAUCCGUGGUCGCAUUGGAGCUGGAUGUUAAGGACUAGAAAACGGAUGAAUUGGGGGUCGGCUGUUGAACAGUGA